UAUCGAGGUAGUAGAGUGGAGACAGACGUUUGACCUAUUGUGCUGGGAAUUCACUAUCACAAAACACGAGAAUAUGCAUGAUAUGGAGGGAAACAAGCUGAUGGAUGUUAUUGUGGUAGGGGCUGGUCUGAGCGGCUUGGCGGCUGCUAAGCUUUUACACGAGACAGGACUGGAUGUGUUGGUGCUUGAAGCACGUGACAUAGUGGGUGGACGGACACUUACAGAGCACAACUCUAAUGUUGGCUAUGUUGAUUUGGGCGGAGCCUUUGUGGGUCCAACCCAGAACAGAGUGCUGCGUCUGGCGGAUGAAUUCGGGAUUAAAACUCAUCUGACCAAUGAGGAUGAAGAUAUCGUGUAUUACAGUCAGGGAAAAUCAGAACGGAAUCGCAGCGACUCUUAUCCUGCAUGUGGAUUUCUUGAGCUUCUGGACAUGAAUAAUUUCUUGAGACUUAUAGAUGAAAUGGGUGAAGAGAUUCCUCCUGAGGCUCCAUGGAAGGCCCAACAUGCCAAAGAAUGGGACCAAAUGACCAUGCAGCAAUUCCUUGACAAACAUGUAUGGACAAAUUUUGGCCGUGGAUUUGCCAAAGGGUUAGUCAAUGUAAACGCUACUUCGGAGCCCUGUGAAGUUUCAGUACUUUGGUUUCUGUGGUAUAUCAAAUGUUGUGGAGGACAAAAGAGAAUUUUCUCAACAACAAAUGGCGGACAGGAAAGAAAGUUUGUUGGCGGCUCGCAACAAAUCAGCCAAAGAAUUGCCGAAAAAUUGGGCAAAGAUCGAGUCCUCCUGGGUCACCCUGUGUGUCAUAUAAACCAGACAGAAGAGGGAGUGACAGUGUCCGACAUAGAUGGACAAAAAUUCAGGGCUAAACGUGUCAUUAUUGCCUCUCCGCUACCUUUACAAAAUAAGAUCACUUAUGAUCCUCCCUUGCCAAGUCUCAGGAAUCAGUUGAUACAAAGAAUUUACAUGGGUUCCGUCAUCAAAACGUUUUGCUACUACAAGGCCGCUUUCUGGAAGGACAAAGGAUAUCGUGGAAUCGCUUCGAUCGACGAUGAUGCAGCCAUGGUUGAAUUCACAAUGGAUGACACUAACCCAGACGGAAAGCAUCCAGUAUUAAUGGGGUUUGUUCUAGCAGAUAAGGCAAAACGCUUUGUCGCCAUGACACUGGAGGAGAGGAAGGAGAAAACAUGUCGUCUGUACGCAAAAGUCUUCCAAUCAGAUGAGGCGUUACAUCCUAUUCACUAUGAAGAGAAGAACUGGCUCGGGGAACAGUGGUCUGGGGGUUGUUACACAGCCAUGAUGCCCCCGGGAUUCCUGACCAACUUUGGCGAAGAAAUAAGAAGACCAGUGGGUAAUUUAUAUUUCGCGGGGACGGAGACAGCCACCCAGUGGUCGGGGUACAUGGAGGGGGCGGUCCAGGCCAGGGAGAGGGCGGCCAGAGAGAUUUUAUAUGCCAUGAAAAGAAUUUCAAAAGAUGAAAUUUGGCAAGAGGAAAAGGAAAACCCUGUUGUGAAAGCCUACCCUUUUGAAAACUCGUUUUUGGAAAGAAACCUGCCGUCAGUCGGGGAGUUUCUGAAGUGUGUAUCCGUUACAACAUCUUUAGCAGUCGGAUCGGCGGGACUGUGUCUUUAUUGGAGAAAACGUUAACGUAGACAUGCUAAUUCUAUCAUUGCAAAGUGGACCGGGUUUAUAGAAAUUAACAUCGGGUCAAAUACAUUAUGAUUUACAUUACAUCAAAUAAAACUGAAACACUUUAGUGUAUUUGUGUGUCUCGUACAAACUUUAUGCCAACAAAGCAAUACAUAGCUAAAUAUAUUUUGAUAUGUAUGACUUAGUCAUAUAGCUGCUUGAGCUUCUAAAUAAAACGUGUACAUGUAUGUCAUAUAUGUUGAAAUUAAAAUUGAAAAAUUAA